GCAGCUCUGCUGCUCUUGGCACUUUUUGCAAAUUAUCAAAUUAUACCUUCAACCAGUGCAGCUCCAGUAGAUUGCCAGAAGAACACUGCUGUCUGCUUAGAAGAAAUUAUGAAGGAACUGACCCAAGUUCGAUUUGGGAUUAAACUUCUCACGGAGGACAUAACAUUGGUGAGAUGUAAGUGAGACUCUUUGUUCUAAUUGAACUGAUUAUUCCAUUUUAUCUUUUUCAUAAUAUUGAAUAGCAUGAAAAACGGUGGUCUUAUGCAUGGCGAUUUCAAUUCCUUUCUUGAGGAAUCACUUUGCCAGUUUGGAUGACGAAAUUUCCUGUGCGCUUGGAGCUCUUAUCUUCAGCAACUGUCUUUUCAAGCUGCAGUGAUGCUGAACAUUGACCACCGAAUAAUUUUGAAUGCUCCAAACUUUUCUUGAAUUCAGUUAUUUGUCGAGUUUUUCCAAGGUGACUUUUUUUCAAAUUCUUGUAUUAUGAUUUGAUGCGCUUUUUAAAAAUAAAAGAUAUAUAAAGAAUCCAAGUCCCGUCGUCUUCUCUCCACGACAGAUACUUCGUCAGAUGAUAGGAGCACAUUCAUACCAAACUCCCUGUUUUAGAGCAUUCCCACAACAUCAAGUAUCUUUUAUUUUAUAUUCAAUAGCUAAAAACUGUGCUGAGCUGUACAAAUCCGGUCGAAGGAUCAGCGGUGUUUACACAAUCGACCCAGAUGGUUUAGGCGCCUUCAAUGUAUAUUGUGACCAUACAACAGCUGGUGGGGGA